UGCACCUUCCAGCUGCUGUAGGGUUCACUUUUAUUUUUAAGCGGCGCACACCGAACCUUCCCUGGUUGGACGGAGACAGCACUUUAUAUACAACACAGUGUACCAAUAUCAGGUGCCGUAUCAUAUAUAGUUUAUUGUUAGGUGGGAUUAUUAUUUUAGUUCCUCUGUGGAGCACGUGGACGCUACUAUCUGUUGACAUUUGCUCUGUAUUUUAGCCACUUGACCUAUACUGAACCCGACUACCCCGAUAUGAAUAACGAGCGCGGCUAAUGUGAGGAUAGAUUUGUUUUUUUUGACACCAAUACAGACGUGCUUUUCCUGGGAACACUCGUUGUUUUGCCGUUUCGAUUUCCCUGUUUUAUAUUUAACAAGGGCAAGCUAGCACCUUAAGUAUACACGCAUAGAAAGCACCGCUUUCUGUCUUCAUAUGCUGCUGACCUUGCCCGUUUACAGCAGGUAGCCAGCGUUAGCUCAGCGCUAACCUACUUUCACCGUUAGCUCAGCUAACUGUGUCUGAGACUUCACUCAGUGCUCGCGUUUCUUCUUUGGCUCUCCCUGUUUUUGUUGCGUUCAUAAUGGAAGAUGAAGCAUUCACUGACAUUAAUGGCAAAGCCAUAUCCCUGGACUGUCAGAGUCACUCCAGCUUUUGCAGGGAGUUCACUGUCAGCUCCGCCAAAGUGUCCAUCGGAAAGGUGAUGGUGUACACCUGCUCCGUUUGGCUUCUAGCAUACACCGUGUUCUUCUUCACACAGAACACUGCUGUUCUGUCCAGCGCUAUACUCAUCACCCUGGUCGGCAUGAUGCUUCACAUCCACUUUGUGAAGGUGGACCACGAGUCCCUGCUUGUCAUUAGGUCCUUAGGCAUUCAGGUGUCCUCAAGCUAUGCCUCAGGCCGCGAGACCACCACUUUCAUUGAGAUGAGCAAGAUCAAGGAUAUUGUCAUCAAUGAAGCCAUUUACAUGCAUCAAAUCAUCUACUACCUCUGUGUACUGUUGAAGGACCCCUCAGAACCUAAUGCAGUGUCAAGCGUUGUGCCAUUGUUUCAGAGUUCAAAACCUCGGCUGAACUGCUUGGUGAAGGUUUACAGAAGCUGUCAGCAGAUUCUUUCAAGGUGCUGAUGACACACAAGUCGUACAUUAGUGAUGUUUCUGGUCAAGUAGCAUGCUUUUACUAUUUCUUUACUUAAGUAAUUUUCUACUGGACAGGUAGAAAUUCAAGUCUUUUUCAAGUUUUUAUUUUUAGAUUUGAUGUACAGAUUAGUUUCCUUUUUGUCAUCUGUAUGAAUACACACGUAUGAUUAGAAUAUAAUCUGUUAAAUACAAACAGUGCCAUGUUUUUAAGAUUAAUAUUGGUGUCAUAAUGACUCCAUGUCUUACUUUGUUGUGUAGUUACUUGAAUAACUUAUGAAAAAUAGCAUUGGUCUUACACUACUUGUUUAAAACUAAAGAGCCAAGACAGCCAGACACUGUAUUAAAAGAAAUUAUAUUUAACAAUUUUGCUUUUUUAAUUAUUUAUGCUUAAAUGCAAAUUUAAAUAUUUGGUUUGACUAUUUAUGCCACUUUCUGUAUUUUAAUAACAUUCCCACACUGUAUUUUUCGAUAAAAUA